AUAUUUCAUCAGCCUUAAUGGUAAUAUUUUUUGCCGGAUCAAUUCAAGCAGCAAAGAUCAUCUUCCACUCAAUCAAUCAAAAAUCUUCUUGGCAAGAGAAAAAAGUGGAUUAGAUUUUACAACUUGAGAAUUUUUGGCGGGAAAAUGGAGCUUCUGAAACUAUCAAAAUUCAAGCUCCAACUCAAAGCCCUAAUCUCCGAAGUCAAGCAACUCAAAGAUAGAGAAAUCUCGGCUAAUGAUCAAGUCCGAGUUUUGACUCAGAAACAAAAGCAAAGAGACGAGGUUUUUAGUAAAAAGUUAACGGCAUUGCAAGCUGAAUUAAGUUUAUCUAAUGAUAUCCGACAGAAACUCGAAAAGAAGGUGAGUUGCCUUGAGAGUGAAAAUGGGUUGCUCGAGAGUAAGCAGCAGGAGUUGGUGGAGACAAUUAGCAGCUUACUUCAAUCAAAACAGAGUUUUUUCCAAGUUUAUGAGGACUCCUUUGGAGAAAUGAAACGAGCUAUGGAAGACAGAGAUAAAAAGAUUGCUGUUCUUUCUGAGAAGAUAAAAGCUCAUUCCCUACUAUUUGACACAAUUGAAAAGGAGGCUAAUUCUAUCAAGCAGGUCGUGAGUAAUGCAGAGAACGCUUUAAAAGAAAGAGAAGAAGUAGUUGUUGGAUUAAAGAGGAAAUUUGAUGAGGCUUCUACGUGGGAAACACUAUUUUUGGAAACAAUCAAUAACCUGGAAAGAAAACUGAGAGAUGAUGAUGAGCUCAAAAGGAAGGAUAAAAUCAUUUUGGAUCUGGAAGCACAGAUAGAGGCAGCAAAAUCAACCUAUGACUUCCAACCAAGAGUUGAUGAGCUUCAGAAUGCAUUAGCUGCCAAGGAAAUCAUUAUACAGAAUUUAAUCUUGGAGAAACAAGCAUUGCAUUUUGAAGUUCGUAAUCUGGGUUUUACCAUGAAGAAGAUUCAAGAUGCUGUCUCAGGAAUGGAUGAAGAGAAUAGGAAAUCAUUUUCCUCAAUUUUAUAUGAAGCAGAGGAAUGCGUAACAAAUGAAAGCAAUGAAGUCAAAGGAUUAGGAGAUGUUCAAGAAGAGGAAGAUGGCUGUCACCAAAAUACUUCUGCUGUAGGAGCUGUUGAAAAUUCAGGGUUCUUCUAGUUUUCUGGAUAUCAGAGUUGUACAUUCAGGAACAAUCAAUAGGAAUCAUAAAGGAAAAUGCUUUGAAGUUCAAAUCUGUAUUAUUACUUGAAACUCUCUCUACUAAUUUGUGUAGUUUUGACAGUCGUGACACGGUCAAGGAAAAUGUUUUAA